CUUUUAUUAAUAUACGCUUAAAGGGUAUUUAGAGCAUGUGUUUAGAAUAUAUUCUAAACUUCUAUUGUUUUAUUUGCAGGGGUGCUGUUUUACUGUAUCUCUCCAUCCAAAGAACACGCUCUCUGCCUGCAGAUGGCGCUCGCCAGCAAGGCAAAUUUCAACAACGUUUCUAAUUCAGGAAAGCCCCUUCUUGUGUUUGCCUGUGAGAAAGCAAAGGACUGUGAAGACCUGUGCAUAAACAUUCUGGAGAAAGGAGCUGAUCCCGAUGCAGUUGAUCAGGUGACACGAUGUUCUGCGCUCAUGGAGGCAUCUAAAGCUGGUGCAUUAAAGCUUGUAAGAGCCAUUUCAAAAAAAGGAGGGAAUCCUAACUUAGUUGAUGUAGAAGGACGGUGUGCUGCCCACUUUGCUGCAGAAGGAGGUUUUCUUGAGGUUUUACAGGUGCUGUCAGCAUACUCGGCAGACUUUUGUGUAAGCACAACAAAUGGCAACACACCACUGCACUUUGCUGCUGCCGGUGGGUUCAAUGAGUGCUGUAGAUUCCUGUCUCAGAGAGGAUGUAAUCCCAAACUGAGGAAUCUGGAAGGUCAACUUCCAAGCCAAGUCGCCAAAAGCAACGGCCACAAAGCUGCAUUGAAGGAGCUUAAGAAAGCAGAGAAAAGGCAUGUGAAGUUUUCUGCACCUGAUGCCAUAAACCCCAAUGAACCCUGGGCUAUCACGCUUCACGACUGGUCCUGUGAACAUGAGGCAGCCUUGCGCAGAUCCUUUGAAUCCGCUGUAGAGCUGAAUAAACCUGUUCAAACAGUUUCUCUGGAGACAUUCAUGUCUUUGCUGUCCACGAAUCAAGCACCAGUGAGUAAUGAGAACCUGCAGAGGAUAAUCAAGCAGCAUGACAAAAACCAUAAAAAUGUCAUCAAUCUAAAUGAGUUUUUCAAAGGCCUCAAAUACCUCCAAAAGCCCUUUGUCAUUUCAUCCUAUGCUCCAAAGCCGGCUAAAAAAGAAAAGGGCCCCAAGGAAAAGAAGAGAAAUAAAUGUACCUCAUUAUUGCCCAUAUGUAUGAUGCCACCUGAGCUUAUCUGCAAAAGAGAAGACAGUGGGCUACCGUACUACAUGAUAGAGAUCUGCCAGCUGUAUACUCACACCAAACCCUUCAACCGAGACCAACCUUCAAUCCACCACAUUGAGAACGAUUCGGCUUGGUAUAUCGAGCCGGAAAAGAUCUAUAGCAACAUCAAUUACUGUGUGAGGAGUGGAGAUCUAGAAUCUCUAAGAUUGGCGUUUGCCCAACAAGUGCCUGUUGAUAUCAAAGAUCAGUUCUAUAAGACUCCACUUUUGACAGCGUGCAGCUGUGGAAACUACCAAGUCGCCGAAUUCCUCAUUUCACUGGGGGCUGACGUCAAUGCAGUUGACCAGUUUAGCUGGACGCCUCUCCACCAUGCUUGCCAUGCUGGUCAUGUAGACAUUAUCAACAUGCUGGUGCAAUCCGGAGCCGUGGUGGAUGCAGUGGCAAUGAAUGGAGCGACUCCACUCAUGAGAGCUAUUGAAAGCUGUCGAUUCAGCAGUGUAGAGUGUCUCAUCACAGCUGGAGCCAAUGUCAUGGCAGAAAAUAAACAAGGGCAAAAUUGCUUGGACAUUGCUAUGAUUUAUGGCAAUGCUAGAAUUGUUCAAUUGAUUACAUCCAAAGUUAAAAAUCUUCCAAAAAAUAAAAACAACGGGAAGGGAAAAUAAAGACCACCUGCUUCAAUGCCAGCUUCUUCUGUAUAAAAAAGCUUUAAGAAAAACUUUGAAAAAAGAUGCCUCUCAAGGACUUCAUAGACUUUAACAAGAGCAUCCCUGAGCCAAAUAGGAUUGAACGACUGGGGAGGAAUAAAUGAAAUAUCUGAACACAAUAGCUGCUUGC